GACUUGAGUAUCAAGGUUUAGCAUCCGCCGUUCAUCGUCGGGACCACUGAGCGCAGCGUUUUAGGACUCGCCGUGUGGAAAGAUUCCGUGUGGAAGAUGGCAUCGAGAUUACUUUUCAGAUCGGCUGUUCGUGCUGCAGCUGUUUACCGGGCAUCCCCGGUUACAGCUCUCACGCGGGGAAUGUCGGCGGGGGGAAUUCCAACUGACGAGGAACAAGCCACUGGCAUGGAGAAGCUUGUAAUGCAUGCCUUGAAACAGGGUUCUGACCCAUACAGCAUGCACAAACCUAAGGAGUACGCUGGGUCCAAACAAGAUCCACACCUGGUGCCCUCUGUCACCAACAAGAGGAUAGUGGGCUGUAUCUGUGAGGAGGACAACACAUCGGUGGUGUGGUUCUGGCUGCAUGAGGGGGAACCCCAGAGAUGCCCAUCAUGCGGGGCCCAUUACAGACUCGUCCCCCAUCAGCUGCCCCACUGAGCCCCUCUUGGAGAAAAUUAUCUUAAACUAGUUACCCCUUGCCUGAUUCCAAAAAACACUCCAUAAAAUGCAAGGCUUAAAAUGAUAACCUCAUGGUUUGGGACACAAUACUUCUGGCAAUUCCAGUUCUUUGUGUAUUUAAAGUUUUAUGUACUGUGGUACAGUUUGGUCCAAAUCCUCUUAAUUAAAGUGUAUG